UCGGACAUAGUCCACCAAUCAGUGUACGAGCUGGUCCACUCAGAAGACCGCGAGGAAUUGCAACGUCAAUUACUCUGGAACUCCUUCCUGCCUCCAGAAGUCAACAACCUUACCCUCCAAGAUGUACUGAGGCCAGACAGAACUCACCUGCUCGAGAGAAGUUUCACUGUUCGAUUUAGAUGUUUAUUAGAUAACACUUCAGGUUUCUUGAGGCUAGACAUUCGGGGUCGAAUCAAAGUACUCCACGGCCAGAACAAGAAAACUGAGGAGCCUCCUUUAGCAUUGUUCGCAAUAUGUGCACCGUUUGGACCUCCAAGCCUGCUAGAAAUACCGCAGAAGGAGGUCAUGUUCAAGAGCAAACACAAGCUCGAUCUUUCUCUAGUCUCAAUGGAUCAAAGGGGUAAAAUGCUGCUAGGGUAUACAGAUGCAGAAUUAGCAAAUAUGGGUGGUUAUGAUCUAGUACAUUACGAUGAUCUAGCUUACGUCGCUAGUGCUCAUCAAGAAUUAUUGAAAACAGGUGCUUCCGGUAUGAUCGCGUAUCGCUUCCAGACGAAGGAUGGUCAAUGGCAAUGGCUGCAGACCUCAUCACGACUCGUCUACAAGAACUCCAAGCCUGACUUCGUCAUUAGCACACAUAGACCUCUAAUGGAGGAAGAAGGUAGAGAUUUAUUGGGUAAAAGAACAAUGGACUUCAAAGUCAGCUACCUAGAUACGGGUCUCACUAGCUUAUACUUCUCAGAAACGGAACAGCUAUCCGGCUGCGAAUCCAAUGUGACCACACCGCCUAGAGCUGCCAGGAGAUACAAGACUCAAUUAAGGGACUUUCUUUCAACUUGUCGAAACAAAAGACGAAUGCCAACUACGCCUGCUCCUCCGCCUGUAGAAUAUUUAGCAGCAGAUGCAGUUGCUGCUGCGUACACUAACCUAAAUGGAGCAUAUACAGCACCUUAUGGAGAAUAUCCCCCUGCACCAGCGUUACAUUAUGCUCCACCACCUCUAGAUGACAGAUUUUUAGCAGCCGACAACCUCUUCCAUCAGUAUAAACCUCUUUCUUACCAUUACACUCCUUACGCGCCCAAUGGCUUCCUGGAACCUGCCCCUCCACCUGGUUACGAAGUGGCUCCAACUUAUCAUAGGCCACCAUCUAGAGAAUACACUUAUGUAGAUAGUAGCGGAAGAUAUAUGAGCCCAGUUAUGGGGCAGGAUAGAAGGUCGCCUAGUAUCGUUCCCGGACCAAGUCCAGGGGGGUCUAGUGGGUCGACGGAACAGGAGAGAAUGCAGCAGACCCAACCUUCCGAGAUGCCGAGGCAGACGGUGCUGAUGUGGGGGGCCGGGGGAGCAGCUCAAGAGGUUCCAGUCGAAUACUCCCCGCCUCAGGUUUGGCGAUACCACCCAUCUCAUUACCACACCGCUGAAGCAACUCAGUGAUUCCUUUGUGCAAUGUUUAAGUUUCGCUAUUCGUCCAUGAACUGUUUUCUUUUUUUAUGCAUAAGUUUAUAGACAAUUAUAAUUUCAGAAAAUUCAAUUUAAAUUUAACGAAAUUCAAAAGUAUUAAUGUAAAUU